ACUCUACCCUAUAGCCGGAGGUGUGAUCGUUGACCCGGUCACACAGCGCAGAGGAGCCGGGAAGGACCAGCGGGAACUCGCCUCUGCGGAUCAGUCCGGACACACCGCACACACACGCAAACACACAGCUACAGACACUGAUAUCAGGACUUGACUUUAGACACCCUUCAGCAGCAGCAGCAGCAGCAGACAUGUCGCGUUUCGUCGCCCGUCUCUCCGUAGUAGUUUCCCAGCAGGCGACGGUCAGAUCCGCGGUGUUACGGAGGAGGAUCCCGGGGUUCAUCCGUCCCGUGUCCACAUCGCAAGGCCUACAGUCUCUCACCCGUUACAAUGAGACCACAGACUGGCAGAAGAAACUGACCCCAGAGCAGUAUGUAGUCACCAGAGAGAAAGGGACUGAGGUGCCCUUUAGUGGGAUCUACCUCAACCAUUCUGAAGUGGGGAUGUACCACUGUGUCUGCUGUGACACACCACUUUUCAAUUCAGAAGCUAAGUAUGACUCUGGGACGGGCUGGCCGGCAUUCAAAGAGGCUCAUGGGACAUGGGAGCGGGACGAAAGCCACGCCUCCAUCAUUCGUCGCCCUGACAACAGCCUGGGUAGUGCUGGGACUGAGGUCCUUUGUAAAAAUUGUGAUUCCCACCUGGGUCACGUGUUUGAGGACGGCCCGGACCCAACAGGUCAGCGAUUCUGCAUCAACAGCGUGGCGCUCACCUUUAAACCCAGAGAAAACAACAAGCCUGACGACAAAGAGGAGCAGAACUAAACUCACCGGACUUAAAGACACAUUUAUGUUUCAUUUUACACAUCGAAGGACAGCCUCAAUGUCAACGGUCAUUCAAAAGUGUUUGACCUAAACACGUUUGCAAGCUUUGUGUGUCACAAAGUGUCUCGGGAAUUGAAUUUUGAAGAGGACCUAGUGUUUAUUAAGUGGAGGUAAAUUAGGCUCAGCUUUUAGAAGAAACAAUGGAUAUAAACACUGGAGGGAAGUCUACAUACAGCUCCUUCAAUGAAAGCAUAUUUCCUAAAAAAGUAAUUGCAUUAACUGUUGUUAUUAUUCACUAACUCUUUGUUGAGUGGGUAAUUCUCUUUUCAAAAUGUCAAAUUAGAAUCAGUCUGAAUUAAGACAACCUCUUUUUUGUAGGGAUUGCACAGGAAGUGAUGACAACAUGUUUAUUAUCUGUUGGAAUCAAGAAGGAUCAUUUGUCAAUAAAUGCACCUUUUAUUUGUUCUCUGAAUGUA